CCUGGCCCAGCUCGCUGCCGAGCGCCCAGACCCCCUCGCUCCGUCGCUCGUCUUCCUCCUCGUGCGAGCGCCUCCACCGCCGGUAUCUAUCUCCCCUUCAAUUCUCUCGUUCCCGACCGUUUCUCCUCCCAUCACCCCACGAACAGAUCCCGCCCUUUAGCUUCCCGUUGCAUCUCCUUAAUCUUCCCCAAUUCGUAACUGAGGCAAAAAACAAGGUAGGGCGGCCGCCCUACCUUGCCCUAUCGGGUCCUCCGCCCUUCUAGAUCCGCCGCUGUGGUGUGCCAUUGGGCUUGCUGAGAUGGCGACUCAGCUUCCGUGCUUCACGCAGCUUACUCCGCCGUCACCUGGAUGGAGAAGCGACGGGGCAACAUCUGGAAGGGCAUUUCUCAGAAGCACUCCAUUUCUGGGUCACUCUCACUUCAGGUGUGGCGCAACUCCCCGCAGCGCUAACUCGUUUAAGAAGAAAGACUCGUUCCUGGACCUCCACCCAGAGGUGACCCUGCUCCGAGGUGAGCAAAGCAACGAUGUUAUUAACUCAAGGAAUGCUUCUUCUGAGGUUAGCACGUUGGAGGGGUUGGGGGUGCCGCCGGAUCGGAAUGAUUACAACGAAGCCAAGAUCAAAGUUGUUGGAGUCGGUGGUGGGGGUUCAAAUGCUGUCAACAGGAUGAUUGAGUUCUCCAUGAAUGGUGUCGAAUUUUGGAUUGUGAACACUGAUGUGCAGGCGAUAAGGAUGUCCCCGGUGCAUUCCCAGAAUAGACUGCAGAUUGGACAGGAGCUGACACGGGGUCUAGGUGCGGGUGGAAACCCUGAUAUUGGGAUGAAUGCCGCAAAGGAGAGCUGUGAGUCCAUACAGGAAGCCCUCUAUGGUGCUGACAUGGUUUUUGUGACGGCUGGAAUGGGUGGGGGAACUGGAACUGGAGGUGUCCCUGUAAUUGCCGGAAUUGCCAAGUCCAUGGGUAUACUGACUGUGGGUAUUGUCACAACGCCCUUUUCAUUUGAGGGGAGGAGGCGCGCAGUUCAGGCUCAAGAGGGAAUAGCAGCCUUGAGAAAUAGUGUGGAUACUCUCAUUGUCAUCCCAAAUGACAAGUUGUUGUCAGCUGUUUCUCCAAACACUCCUGUCACAGAAGCAUUCAACUUAGCUGAUGAUAUUCUUCGGCAAGGCAUCCGUGGUAUCUCUGAUAUCAUCACGGUUCCUGGGUUGGUUAAUGUUGAUUUUGCUGAUGUGCGAGCCAUCAUGCAAAAUGCAGGGUCGUCGUUGAUGGGUAUAGGGACUGCUACAGGCAAGUCAAGAGCAAGAGAUGCUGCUCUUAAUGCCAUCCAGUCACCACUGCUGGAUAUUGGAAUAGAGAGAGCUACAGGCAUCGUGUGGAAUAUCACCGGGGGAACUGAUUUGACUCUGUUUGAGGUAAAUGCUGCUGCUGAAAUAAUCUACGAUCUUGUUGAUCCAAAUGCUAAUCUGAUAUUUGGUGCUGUCAUAGACCCAUCACUCAGUGGCCAGGUGAGCAUAACCUUGAUCGCUACAGGCUUUAAACGGCAGGAUGAACCAGAAGGUCGCACCUCAAAGGGGGCCCAACAAAUGCAUGGAGACAAUGGCCGACAUCCAUCCUCCACAGAUGCUAGCAAGGUGGAGAUUCCUGAGUUCCUUCGGAGGAGAGGACCUUCUCGCUUCCCGCGAGUUUGAUUCUUCCAGACUCCUCUCGAGAUACGCCUGAUGAGACUCUUAGAUCAGAUACCACCUGUAAGAUACCAAGACCUGUAGACUCUAGUGUUUUUCCCAUGUAGAGGUUUCUUUUUUAGUUCUGUUUGGUCUGUUUCGUUCUGUAUUCUGGAACUCUACUGCCAAUAAUGUGUAGCAGUGAGCUUUGCAGUGCUAUAGAAAAUUUUAGUGCCAUCCUUUCCUGCCCUUCGAGCUUCGAGGCUUCGACCUUCGUCA